GGAGUUAUGACGGCCCACUAAGCCUGGGUGAUGGUCCUGCAGCUUCAGACUGGAAACUGCAGCUUAAGUGGAAGAAUUUCUUUUCCAGUGAACUCGAGCUAUGAGUAUUUACUGAGCUUAACCCACGUGUGUCUAAUGGUUUGGUGCAUGGUUCAGGAAAAGCAGCAAAGCAUCGUACUGUGAGUUCACCUCUGUGGCAGGUUCAGCACUCAGCUGCACUAUGGCUGACUGGGAAUAUGACUAUCUGAUCAAGCUGCUGGCUCUGGGGGACUCGGGCGUGGGGAAGACCACCUUCCUCUACAGGUACACCGACAACAAGUUCAACCGCAAGUUCACCACCACAGUGGGCAUCGACUUCAGGGAAAAGAGAGUGGUGUACUCAGGGACGGGUGCGGAUGGAGCGACUGAGAAGAACUUCAGAGUCCACCUUCAGCUCUGGGACACAGCAGGACAAGAGAGGUUCCGCAGCCUGACUACAGCUUUCUUCCGAGACGCCAUGGGCUUCCUGUUGAUGUUCGACUUGACCAAUCAGCAAAGCUUCCUCAACGUCAGGAACUGGAUGAGUCAGCUGCAGGCCAAUGCGUACUGUGACAGUCCAGAUGUAGUGCUGGUGGGCACGAAGGCCGACCUCAGAGACAUGAGGGACGUUCACGCCCGGCAGGCCAGAGAUCUGGCCGACAGAUACGGCAUCCCCUACUUUGAGACGAGUGCGAUGACGGGUGUGGAAGUGAACCAGGCGGUGACCACCCUGCUGGAACUGGUGAUGAGGAGGAUGGAGCAGAGUACGUACGGAGGCCACGGCUCCGAGCCCAACGGCAGCCCCCUCUCCAGCCACGAGGUUGAGGAGAUUGCUGCCACGAGGAGGUGCUUCUGCUGAUGUUAACACCGGCAGCCACUCUUUUAACUUUUGCCCCACGUAACGCUGCAGUUUCAGAUGCUUCUGUUUCCUGGAGGUUGACGGUGGUGCCUGCUAGGUGAGACAAAAUCCACUAAAACGUGACCCAUUCAUGAGAUGUAAAGAGCUUUGGAAAUCUGUCCUCUUCUACAGUACUAGAUACAGCAUGGAAGCUCCUAUUUAUUCACAGUCUGCGCAUUGUUAUGUGAGAAACGGGAGCAGGGGUACAAGUCUUUGUUGAACGUGCACUGUAACUGAAUGUGCGGCUGUGUGGAAAUGAAAACUGUUUGCUCAUUUGACAUAUCUGAACAGGCAAACCUUUGAUUAUCUUUAAAGAAGUGUCUUUUAAAGGUAACAAAUGACAAAAAGAAUGAACAUUUUGUACUUUUGUACAAUUUAAAUGAAGAAGAAAACAUUCAAUAUACUUCCAAAUUCAUUAAAUUGAUAUGAAGGUUUCCAGAUUAGAUGUCUUAGAUGUUGUCUUUGCUAUUAAAUGUGGUGGUGUCAUCAUGCAAAUAUCUAUAAAGCUCUCUAAAGCCUUCAGAAAAGAGGUUGUGGGUGUCUGUGAUCCCCAAAUAGUUUGAUAUACAUCAUUCCGAUAUAAGAAAAAUAAUCAACAAGUGCGGCAUCUACAAUCAGAAAACCAUUGCACAAAUCUGAGCUUUGCUGUUUAAAGAGAAUAUUAAAAAUAGAUUACAUUUUGCCAGUGAUCAUACAGGCAAAGCCCAGGCCUUUUGGAAUGAUCUGCCCUGGAAAGACGAAUCAGAGACAGAGUUGUUUAGGGAUUGCUUCGCUGCCUCGGGUAUUGGGCGUCAUUGAUUCAACUCUGACUUCUAUAUCAUAUCAAAGAGUGAGUGAAAAUAAUGUAAAGCCGUCUCUCUGAAAGUUGCAGAUAAACCUGUCUUUGACGUUUCCUUUUCACCAGGAUAAGGAUCCUAAACAAACUAUCAAAUCCCCCAAGGAAUGGCUCAAACAGAAGAAAUUGAGGGUAAUAGCUUGACCUAGUUACAGCCAAGAUUUGAAUCCCAUUGAAAUGUUGGAGGGGGGUUGAAACAAACAUGAAAACCCUCAAACAUCUUGCCUCUGAAGGAGUUUUUCCUCAAACAGUGUUCUGUAAUUUUAGCACGCUGAUGUCCAGAGACUUGUGAGCAAUUAUACAAAACACCCACAAGCGGUUGUUUCUGCUAAAGGGGCCAACACUGAUUUCUGAAACUGCAAAAAACACUAUAUCGAUUGGAAAAAACUCAAUUUUCUCGUGGUGUUGGCCAGGUAUAUCACCUUUACCUGUGUUUCAAAGAGGAUCAAAUGUUUGCUUGUCCAGAUAUGUCAAAGAAGUCAACCAUGGGAUGCAACUUGUAAAAAGUGGGUUAUAAUUCAUAAAAGAGUCAAUUAUCAUCGUCAAAUAGGUCACAUCAGAGCAAAAUACUGUUUUUAUUUGACACGUUGAGGCAUUGAUGGAAGGAAUAUGCAGGCACAUAAUGUAUAUUUAUCAUGGAAUAUAAUCAAAAAACAUUUAAGACAUGGUUUCUCACAUGGAUGAUCGCUUUUGUUAGAACAACCAAGAUAGCACAGUCCCUUACAUGACUUAUGACUUUUAUACGACAUGUACAUAAGCAGCCAAGCUUUUUUAUGCAUUAUGGAACAACGUCACCAUGCAGACCGAAACACAGGUACAAGAAUGUUAAAGGGUUGUUGGAACGAAUCCUGUAUAGUGCUGAAUUUGGAAUAAAGACAUUUUAUGUUUA